AACCCCAACUCCCCUCAAUGAAUGCUCUCCACUGGCAUAAAGUAAAUUUCACUAUUAGUUAAAGAUAUAUACUGCCUUAAUCGGAAACAAUAUAAAUACAUCUGGCUCAUCUUUCCCUCCCUGCAAGUUGCUGCAUAUCACACCGCUCUUCGCCGUGAAAAUAUUUUCGCCGGAAAGUUGAUCGGACUGUGGCCGGAGUUAGUGAUUGUCUUUCACGAUUGAUGGAAAGAAGGAGAUUGUUGGCAUGCGUGAUCGUAAUUUGCUUAAUUUCACUUUGUGUUGCCCGAGAACUUAAUGUCAAGAGCAAGUAUGCUUUACCAGCAAUAUACAAUCACACGCUCGCGACAAUACUUGUGGAGUAUUCUUCUGCGGUAUACAUGUCAGACUUGACAGAACUAUUUACUUGGACAUGCGAAAGAUGUAAUGGCCUUACAAAGGGAUUUGAAAUGAUAGAGUUGAUUGUCGAUGUCCAGGCGUGCUUGCAGGCAUUUGUUGGGGUUGCAAAGGAUCUCGAUGCUAUUGUAAUUGCAUUUAGAGGCACUCAAGAAAGCAGUAUACAAAACUGGAUUGAAGAUCUAUAUUGGAAGCAGCUAGACUGUAAUUAUCCCGGCACCUCUGAUGCAAUGGUGCAUCAUGGAUUUUAUUCUGCUUACCACAACACAACUGUUCGCCCAGGAAUUUUAAGUGCUGUUAAAAGUGCAAGGGAGUUAUAUGGAGACCUCCAGAUCAUGGUCACAGGCCAUUCGAUGGGAGGGGCUAUGGCUGCUUUUUGUGGAUUGGAUCUUAGGGUCAAUUUUGGGGUUCACAAUGUUCAGGUUAUGACGUUUGGACAACCUCGUAUAGGCAAUGCAGCUUUUGCAACAUAUUACAGCAAACUUGUUCCCUUCACCACUCGGGUUACCAAUGAGCAUGAUAUGGUGCCUCAUUUGCCUCCCUAUUUUUAUUUAUUUCCUGGAAAAACUUACCACCACUUUCCAAGAGAGGUUUGGCUCCAUAACCUUGGAUUUGGAACUCUAGUUUACCAAAUUGAAACAGUUUGUGAUAGUUCUGGUGAAGACCCAACUUGUAGCAGGUCAGUUUCGGGGAAUAGUAUUGCAGACCACCUGACAUACUACGGCGUUGAGAUGGGAUGUGAUGCCGAGGUUGCUUGUAAAAUGGUGAUGCAUCCUGCCCUAGCGGCAUAUAGCAAGACAGAUGAAGCCGGAAAUUUUGUACUGUCCAGAGAUGGUGCGAUCUCUGUUUUGCGAAUCAAUAGAGAGUCGGAUGCUCAGAGUACUACGUCAUAACAAGAACAGCACAAGUCUUUUAGUACCUGGAGCAGCAUUGUCAUAUACGGGGAAUGCACAUAGAAUCACCAGAGGGCAGCAUAUUGAUACACAAACACCCAAGUCUAAACCAUUGUUGUAUCUUGUACAUAUAAAUAGUAUAGCACAUGUAAAUAAAAAGGCAUCAUAUAUGUUAUUCUCAAGAAUAUCAAUUUCUAGAGACGUGAAUAUAUAUUUUACACAAGUAAAGUGAUUCCAUGUUUGUUUAAGAAUUAACAAACGGAAAUAAGACAUAGAUUACUCAUGUAUAUUGUAAACUUCGAGCUGAUCUGGAUGCAUAAUCCAUUUGAAAUUCCAUCGAUCUAUGUUUUAUCA